CAGAUCAAGGAUUUCUGCUUGAGAGACAUAACAGGCUCAGCUUUUGAAAUUGUCCUGUUUUAGUGGAGUUUUCCUUGCCAGAAUUUGGUUCUAAAAGAUUUUUUUCCCCACAAAGACCUGUUUCAAACUCAGUAAUAAGCAAGUGGAUUUUUUGUUUUUUGGUGCUGUGGGUGGAACCCAAGGACUGCAUGUUAAGCACCUGCUCUGCCAAUAAGCAACACCCCAGCCCCUACAAAUGGAUUCUUCCAUGGGAUCCACAGGAGAAGGGAAUAACUACUACCCUGAUGGAUGACUGACUCUUCUUGUAUGACCUCUCCUUUAUUCCUGGGUCUUUGGGAAACUGAACUGUAAGAAGGGCCCAGGCAAGCGUGGGCUGGACUGAAGAGUUCUGUGCCUUUGUAGCACCCACGGAGUUUGCCCCACUUAGUACUUCUCAGUGUCCAAAUGCCCACUAUCAGAUGUGUGACUACAGCUGGCAGUGAAACGUCUUUGCAUGCAUUCAAUAUACAAACUAAACCUGAACAUCUGGCAAUUAAACACCCUUUUCCUGAUGAAUCCUGGAAAAGCGCAUAAUUAUACUCCCAAGCAAAUAACUCGAGUAAGGCUGUUCGCUUGUUAAGAAUACCAGGCAGCAUCAUCAAAGUUAAUAUUCUCUUCUGCAUCUGUGCUCUUUUAAUCUGCACUGCCCUCUCCAUAAUAGCUGAGAUCACCCGGAGGAUGGCUGGUGAGAAAUCCCGCCAGGCACAGCAGGUGGAGAAAGAAGAUGAAAGCUACAGGAAGGUGUGCAGCAAACCUUACUGAGCAAUGACCUUGUAAAAAGUGAACUGCCCUGCAAGCUGCCCGUAUAUUCUUCUGUGUCUCUCUCGAGGUGACUCGGAGGUGCUGUGACGUUCCUCUUGGGCACCAUCGGUUCAAAUGUUUCCUCUGGCCUACUGUACCCACCCCACCCCUGCUUGCAGCUGGCUCCCAGAGACCCGGACAUAGACGUGCAGGGACCCAUCCAUGAAGACUGAGGCAGGCGUAGUAGCCGCUGAGCAGAGCCUGCUGACAUGACAUCGGCCACGGAGUUUGAAAACGUGGGCAACCAGCCACCGUACAGCCGGAUCAAUGCCCGGUGGGAUGCCCCGGACGACGAGCUGGAUAAUGACAACAGCUCGGCCAGGCUCUUUGAGAGGUCCCGGAUCAAGGCACUGGCAGAUGAGCGCGAAGUUGUGCAGAAGAAGACCUUCACGAAAUGGGUCAACUCCCACCUGGCUCGUGUGUCCUGCCGCAUCAGCGAUCUCUACAAGGACCUGAGGGACGGGCGGAUGCUCAUCAAGCUGCUGGAGGUGCUCUCAGGAGAGAUGCUGCCAAGGCCCACCAAGGGGAAGAUGCGCAUCCACUGCCUGGAGAAUGUGGACAAGGCCCUGCAGUUCCUCAAGGAGCAGCGUGUGCACCUGGAGAACAUGGGCUCCCACGACAUUGUGGAUGGCAACCACCGCCUGGUCCUGGGCCUCAUUUGGACCAUCAUCCUCCGCUUCCAGAUUCAGGACAUUGUUGUCCAAACUCAGGAGGGCCGUGAGACACGCUCAGCCAAGGACGCGCUGCUGUUGUGGUGCCAGAUGAAGACAGCGGGCUACCCCCAUGUCAACGUCACCAACUUCACCUCCAGCUGGAAGGAUGGCCUGGCCUUUAACGCCCUGAUACACAAGCACCGGCCUGACCUCAUCGACUUUGACAAGUUGAAGGACUCCAAUGCCCGGCACAACCUGGAGCAUGCAUUUGACGUAGCCGAGCGCCAGCUGGGCAUCAUCCCGCUCCUUGACCCUGAAGAUGUCUUCACAGAAAACCCUGAUGAGAAAUCCAUCAUCACCUAUGUGGUGGCGUUUUACCACUACUUCUCCAAGAUGAAGGUGCUGGCGGUGGAGGGCAAGCGCGUUGGCAAGGUCAUUGACCAUGCCAUUGAGACUGAGAAGAUGAUUGAAAAGUACAGUGGGCUAGCCUCGGACCUGCUCACCUGGAUCGAGCAGACCAUCGUCGUCCUGAACAGCCGCAAGUUCGCCAACUCACUGGCCGGUGUCCAGCAGCAGCUGCAGGCCUUCAGCACCUACCGUACCGUGGAGAAGCCACCUAAGUUUCAGGAGAAGGGGAAUCUGGAAGUCCUACUUUUUACCAUCCAGUCCCGGAUGCGAGCCAAUAAUCAGAAAGUGUACAUACCACACGACGGGAAACUGGUGUCCGACAUCAACCGGGCCUGGGAGAGCCUGGAGGAGGCUGAGUACCAGCGGGAGCUGGCCCUGAGGAGCGAGCUCAUCCGCCAGGAGAAGCUGGAGCAGCUGGCCCGGCGCUUUGACAGGAAGGCCGCCAUGAGAGAGACGUGGCUCAGUGAGAACCAGCGCCUUGUGACACAGGACAAUUUCGGAUAUGACCUGGCAGCUGUGGAGGCCGCCAAGAAGAAGCACGAGGCCAUCGAGACAGACACUGCUGCCUACGAGGAGCGGGUGAAGGCCCUGGAGGACCUGGCCCAGGAGCUGGAGAGGGAAAACUACCAUGACCAGAAGCGCAUCAUGGCCCGCAAGGACAACAUCCUGCGCCUGUGGAGCUACCUGCAGGAGCUGCUGCGGUCCCGGCGCCAGAGGCUCGAGACUACCCUGGAGCUGCAAAAGCUCUUCCAGGACAUGCUGCACAGCAUCGACUGGAUGGACGAGAUCAAGGCGCACCUCUUGUCUGCUGAGUUUGGGAAGCACCUGUUGGAGGCUGAGGACUUGCUCCAGAAACACAAGCUGAUGGAAGCUGACAUCGCCAUUCAAGGGGACAAAGUGAAGGCCAUCACUGCGGCCACCCUGCCGUUCAUCGAGAGCACAGGGUACCAGCCUUGCGACCCCCAGGUCAUCCAGGACCGAGUCAGCCACCUGCAGCAGUGCUUUGGGGAGCUGAGUGACAUGGCAGCCGGGCGGAAGGCCCAGCUGGAGCAGUCAAAGCGGCUCUGGAAGUUCUUCUGGGAGAUGGAUGAGGCCGAGAGCUGGAUCAAGGAGAAGGAGCAGAUCUACUCCUCCUUGGACUAUGGCAAGGACCUGACCAGUGUGCUCAUCCUGCAGCGCAAGCACAAGGCUUUUGAAGAUGAGCUCCGAGGGCUGGAUGCCCACCUGGAGCAGAUCUUCCAGGAGGCUGAGGGCAUGGUCGCGCGCAAGCAGUUUGGACACCCGCAGAUCGAGGCCCGCGUCAAGGAGGUGUUGGCCCAGUGGGAACAGCUGAAGGAGCUGGCUGCCUUUCGCAAGAAGAACCUCCAAGACGCGGAGAACUUCUUCCAGUUCCAGGGUGAUGCGGAUGACCUGAAGGCCUGGCUACAAGAUGCCCACCGGCUGCUCUCUGGUGAAGAUGUGGGGCAGGAUGAAGGGGCCACACGGGCCCUGGAGAAGAAGCACCGGGACUUUCUGGAGGAGCUGGAGGAAAGCCAUGGAGUGAUGGAGCACUUGGAGCACCAGGCCCAGGGCUUCCCUGAAGCGUUCCGGGAUUCCCCAGAUGUGACCAGUCGGCUGCAGGCCCUCCGAGAGCUCUACCAGCAGGUGGUGGCCCAGGCGGACUUGCGUCGACAGAGGCUGCAGGAAGCCCUGGACUUGUACACGGUGUUUGGGGAGUCGGACGCCUGCCAGCUGUGGAUGAGGGAGAAGGAGAAGUGGCUGGCCCAAAUGGACAUCCCGGACACCCUGGAGGACCUGGACGUCGUGCAGCACAGGUUUGACAUCCUUGACCAGGAGAUGAAGAAUUUGAAGGCUCAGAUUGACGGUGUGAACCUCGCUGCCAGCAACCUGAUGGAGAGCGGCCACCCCCGCAGCAGAGAGGUGAAGAAGUACCAGGACGGCCUGAAUACCAGGUGGCAGAGCUUCCAGGACUUGGUGUCACAACGGAGGGAGGCAGUGGACUCGGCCCUCCGGGUGCACAACUACUGCGUCGACUGCGAGGAGACCAGCAAGUGGAUAUCGGACAAGACAGUAGUCGUGGAGUCUAUAAAGGACCUGGGGCAGGACUUGGCGCGCAUCAUCACCGUCCAGAGGAAGUUGUCAGGGCUGGAACGAGACGUGGCAGCCAUCCGGGACCGUGUGGGGGCCUUGAGGCACAAGUCACAGCAGCUGAUGGAGUCACACCCCGAGCAGAAGGACAACAUUGGCCAGCGGUAUGCAGAUGUUGAGAAGCUGUGGGAAAAAUUGCAAGAAGCCCUGAAGGACCAGGAAGCCUCCCUGGGUGAAGCCAGCAAGCUGCAGGCCUUCCUGCAGAAGCUGGAUGAAUUCCAGGCCUGGCUGUCCCUGGCCCAGAAGGCUGUGGCCUCUGAGGACAUGCCUGAGUCACUCCCGGAGGCUGAGCAGCUCCUGCAGCAGCAUGCAGCCCUCAAGGAUGAGAUUGACAGUCACCAGGAAAGCUACCAGCAGAUCAAAGACUCCGGGGAGAAAGUGAUUGAACAGUUCAUACAGCAGCAUGCAGCCAUCAAGCAGGAGAUUGACAGUCACCAAGAGGGCUACCAGCAGCCCGGGGCCUCCGGAGAGCAGGCAACUGAAGGCCAGAAGUACCCAGAGUACCAGCUCCUGGGCCAGCGGCUGGAGGGCCUGGGUACUGGCUGGGAUGCCCUGCACAGGAUGUGGGAGAGUCGCGACCACUCUCUCAGACAGUGCCAUGGCUUUCAGGAGUUCCAGAAAGAUGCCAAGCAGGCAGAAGCCAUCCUCAGCAACCAGGAAUAUACUCUGGCUCACGUGGAGCCCCCAGGUUCCCUAGCAGCUGCCGAGGCCGGGAUCCGGAAAUUUGAGGAUUUUUUGAUGUCUAUGGAGAACAAUAAGGAUAAGGUCUUGAGUCCUGUGGAUGCUGGGAACAAGCUGGCAGCCGAGGGAAACCUGUAUGCGGACAAGAUCAAGGAGAAGGUGCAACUGAUAGAGGACAGGCACCAGAAGAACAACCAGAGGGCCCAGGAGGCCACGGUUCUCCUGAAAGACAACCUGGAGCUACAGAACUUCUUCCAGAACUGCCAGGAGCUCACUCUCUGGAUCAAUGACCAGCUGCUGACGUCUCUGGAUGUCUCCUAUGACGAAACACGCAACCUUCACAACAAGUGGCUGAAGCACCAGGCAUUUCUGGCCGAGCUGGCUUCGCACCAAGGGUGGCUGGAGAACAUCGAUGCGGAAGGGAAGCAGCUGAUGGAGGAGAAGCCCUGGUACAAGCAGAGGGUGUCUGAGAGGUUAGAAGCCUUGCACAGGCUCUGGGAUGAGCUGCAGGACACAACCAAGAAGACGACCCAGGAACUCUCAAAGGCCAGGAGCUCUGACCUGCGCUCGCAGACCGAAGCGGACCUCAACAAAUGGAUCAGUGCCAUGGAGGACCAACUGCGAUCAGAUGACCUGGGCAAAGACCUGACCAGUGUCAACCGGAUGUUGGCUAAGUUGAAGCGAGUGGAGGACCAAGUGAAUGUGCGUAAGGAAGAGCUGGAGGAGCUGUUUACCUCGUUGGGAGAAGACGCAGACCUGAGUGUUGAGAAGCGGUUCCUGGACCUUCUGGAACCACUGGGGAAGAGGAAGAAGCAGCUGGAAUUAUCCAGAGCCAAGCUGCAGAUCAGCCGGGACUUAGAGGAUGAGACGCUCUGGGUGGAGGAGAGGCUGCCACUGGCCCAGUCAGAUGACUAUGGCACUAAUCUGCAGACCGUGCAGCUGUUCAUGAAGAAGAACCAGACGCUGCAGAAUGAGGUCCAGGGCCAUGCGCCGCGGGUGGAGGAUGUGCUGCAGCGAGGGAAGCAACUGGUGGUGGCGACAGAGACCGACCUCCGGGACAUCGAGGAGCGCCUGGGGCACCUGCAGACCUCCUGGGAGGUGCUGCAGCAGGCAGCGGUGGGGCGGGGGCAGCGCCUGCGGGACGCCCACGAGGCGCAGCAGUACUACAUGGAUGCUGAUGAGGCUGAGGCCUGGAUCAGUGAGCAGGAGCUCUACAUCUUCUCCGACGAGCCCCCCAAGGAAGAAGAGGGCGCCAUUGUGAUGCUGAAACGGCACCUUCGGCUGCAGCGCACAGUGGAGGAGUACGGGAGGAACAUUAAGCAGCUGGCUGGCCGGGCCCAGAGCCUGCUGGCUGCUGGCCACCCGGAGGGGGAGCAGAUUAUCAGACAUCAGGGACAGGUGGACAAGCAGUAUGCAGGGCUGAAGGACAUGGCCGAAGAACGCAGGCGCAAGCUAGAGAACAUGUACCACCUAUUCCAGCUGAAGAGGGAGGCCGACGACCUGGAGCAGUGGAUCAUAGAAAAGGAGAAGGUGGCCUCCGACCAGGAGAUGGGCCAAGACUUUGACCACGUGACUAUGCUCAGAGAUAAGUUCCGAGACUUUGCCCGGGAGACCGGGGCGAUCGGGCAGGAGCGGGUGGACAAUGUGAAUGUCAUCAUCGAGCGGCUCAUCGACGCUGGCCACAGCGAGGCUGCCACCAUCGCCGAGUGGAAGGACGGGCUGAACGACAUGUGGGCGGACCUGCUGGAGCUCAUCGACACGCGCAUGCAGCUGCUGGCCGCCUCCUACGACCUGCACCGCUACUUCUACACGGGCACCGAGAUCCUGGGCCUCAUCGACGAGAAGCACCGGGAGCUGCCCGAGGACGUGGGGCUGGACGCCAGCACGGCGGAGUCCUUCCACCGCGUGCACACCGCCUUCGAGCGGGAGCUCCACCUGCUGGGCGCGCAGGUACAGCAGUUCCAGGACGUGGCCACGCGCUUGCAGACGGCGUAUGCCGGGGAGAAGGCGGAUGCCAUCCAGAGCAAGGAGCAGGAGGUGUCUGCUGCCUGGCAGGCACUGCUUGAUGCCUGUGCCGGGCGCCGGACCCAGCUAGUGGACACGGCGGACAAAUUCCGCUUCUUCAGCAUGGUCCGAGACCUCCUCUCCUGGAUGGAGAGCAUCAUCCGGCAGAUCGAGACCCAGGAGAAGCCCAGGGAUGUCUCCUCAGUGGAACUGCUCUUGAAGUAUCACCAGGGCAUCAAGGCAGAGAUCAACACCCGAGCCAAGAACUUCAACACCUGCCUGGAGCUUGGGGAGUCCCUGCUGCAGCGGCAGCACCAGGCCUCGGAUGAGAUCCGGGAGAAACUGCAGCAGAUGAUGGCCAAGCGGGUAGAGAUGGACAGGAAGUGGGCGGAGCGCGAUGACCGGCUUCGCAUGUUGCUCGAGGUGUGUCAGUUCUCGAGGGAUGCCUCCGUGGCCGAAGCGUGGCUGAUCGCCCAGGAGCCCUACUUGGCUAGCCGGGACUACGGGCACACAGUGGACAGCGUGGAGAAGCUAAUCAAGAGGCACGAGGCUUUUGAGAAGUCCACGGCCACCUGGGCAGAACGCUUUGCUGCCCUGGAGAAACCCACCACGCUUGAGCUUAAAGAACAACACCAAUCCCCAGAGAGACCCACGGAGGAGCCAGGGCCUCAAGAGGAGGAAGGCGAGACAGCAGGGGAGGCCUACCGUGCGACCACCACGGAGAGAACAUCCCCGGGGGAAGAAGAGCAGUCACGGCCUCAGGACCUGCAGCCACCACCCCUGCCAGGGCAGCGUGACAAGUCCAGCGGGGAUGACAGGCCUGCCACAGAGCCCCUCUUUAAGGUCCUGGACACGCCUCUGAGUGAGGGUGAUGAGCCCACAACGCUGCCAGCCCAGCUGGACCACGGGCACAGCGUACAGAUGGAAGGCUACCUGGGCCGCAAGCACGACCUGGAAGGACCCAACAAGAAGGCGUCCAACAGGUCCUGGAACAACCUCUACUGCGUGCUCAGGAACAGCGAGCUGACCUUCUACAAGGACGCCAAGAACCUAGCUCUGGGGGUGCCCUACCAUGGGGAGGAGCCCCUGGCCCUGCGUCACGCCAUCUGUGAGGUUGCUGCCAGCUACAAGAAGAAGAAGCAUGUCUUCAAGCUGAGGCUGAGCAACGGCAGCGAGUGGCUCUUCCACGGCAAGGAUGAGGAGGAGAUGCUGUCCUGGCUGCAAGGCAUGAGCAUGGCCAUUAACGAGUCCCAGAGCAUCCGCACCAAGGCGCAGAGCCUGCCCCUGCCCUCCCUCACCGGGCCCGACGUCAGCCUCGGCAAGAAGGACAAGGAAAAGAGAUUCAGCUUCUUCCCCAAAAAGAAGUAGCAGCAAGCGGCCCUGCGGGUGGGGACACGCAGGGACCAGGGCCACUGCCCCGUCCUCCUCCCGCCCGCACCUGUCUGCUCACCGCCCUCGGGGCCGACACACUGCAGUGCUGCUGCCAGCACGCCCUCCCCCCAGCUGGCGGGUUCUCCCUUCUCCCCAAAAGCUGGAAUGGGCUAUGGGGCUCCUGGACUGUCCACUCCCACGGCAAGCCUUGCUUGGGGUUACGGCCCACUCGGCCAUAGCCAGGGAAAGGGUAAGGGGAGAGGGACUUGGGGCAACUGACCUGUCCCCUAGGAGCAAGGUGCUGCUAGGGACUGAUCGGACAAGGGCCGCAGGCCUGGGUGUGGCCAGCAGCCUCCCCACUGGCUUCUUCAGAACAGGCCUCCCUUCCCAGGGCCUGUGUGCCCCUUCCUCUCCCCUUUUCACCAGAAGGCAGAGCCCCCUGGCCCUGUUUAGUGGGUCCUGGAUGAAGAGCCUCCAGCUGCCCGGGCAGAGCAUAAGGAGGAAGGACCAGCAGCUCUCACACCAUUCCUCCAAAAGCCCUGGUUAGAGCGUGGGGCUCGGGGCUCAGAGGGAAGGAGGGUCAGACAGGUCCCCUGUGCAGAGCCCUCUGGCCAAGCCCAGGAGCGGCUGAACGAGCAACAGUGAGCAGUGUAGGCCCCUUAUGCAACACGGAGUAAAGCAUCCCAGAGCCAAUGCCUGCUGUGUCCGGCCUGUCUACAGCCCCUCCCGCCCAGGGCUACUGACUGGGCAGAGAACAGUUACCACCCGGUGUGUAUCGCCAUCAUGCGACACAUCUACCCCUGAACAGCUGGGAUUGAAAGCUGGGCCAGAGCCACGAGGGUGUGGCCCUUCUUGAUCAGGUCCCGAAGGUCUGGCCUGAGGUUCUGGGUGUCACAUACAGAGGUCACCAAACAUCUACCACCCUCGAGCACCAAAAGGGAUGCUUCAGUCUGGCCCCAGGAAGAGACGCCCGGUGCUUCUGGAAGGGGGCUCCACUGGACCCCCUUAGUGCCGACCAGGGCUCCAUGAGGACUUUCCCCGCCACCGUACUCUGAAAGCAGUACAGCUUCAGCUUUCCUCACCCGGCCAUAGCCGAGAGGGGCCAUGUUGGGGACGGCAGGUGUGUUCUGAGGGAGGCCAUGAGGGUCCCCAGGGCCCACAGCCAGUUUCCGGGGCCUUCCCUGUGGGAAGGAGCCUUGGCUGUGUGGAGAGGAGUCUGGUGAGGCUCGCGGAGAAGCCAUGGGGGAGGCACCCAGUGUUACAGACCUCCCGGGAUCCCUGCGCACUGUCAAGUGACGCCAGCGCCAGUGACAGGAAGCACAGCAGAGAAGUAGCCAGUGGAGCCUGACAUCCCCAGGUCCGGUGUUCCACCUCCGUAGCCAGGGUCUUCAUUUGGCCUCAACUGUAGGACUCUGUAGCCCUCUGCUUCUACAGGGAACCCAGUGUGUAGCAUUCACCAGCCUUUCUCCAGCCGGGGAAACCAAGACGAGAGGCAGAUUGGUGACUAUACUCACCUGUGCACCCGAGAGCAUGUCCACCUCUAGGGCAGACCGCAGGCUCCUUGCUGAGGGGUGGAAGGUCCCAAGCAGCUCUCGGCUGUUCCCUUGGACCAGUCUUUAGGGAGCCAAGAUAUGAGGGUCGACCCUCUCCCCUCCAAGGGGCCCAAGUAGCACCUAAAGUGAGACAUUUCCAGUGGGUGACUCCACAGAGCUUAGAAACUGAGCUCCAAUGGAAGAGCUAGGAUUUCACCACCCCAAGUCCCCAGACUGGGCAAGGGCAGCCAGCUGCAUGCAGACCCAUCACCUCCCGCCAGCUCCCCACACAUCUACCCAUGUCACCCAGGUCCCAAGACACCCAACCAACUGGACUGACACUGCAGGUGCCCACCUUCGGGAGACCCUGUGCCACUCUAGCGCUAAGCUCUCCUGGUGCCCUGGCACUGUAUCUUUUCCUUCCGUCCUUCCUUUUCCCCCCUCACAUUCCCUACUUUGCAGUCUUUUCCUCACAGUAUUCCUAGAUUGGCACAGCUCCAGCCCACACCAGCAUAAGACUUCCUCCUGGGAUCCAUCUACAGGAAGCUCUUCCGGGCUUGGUCGGGCAGUCCUGCUUUCCUCUCCUUCCCUGUCUCAGACUCCGGCUGAGGGCAAAACCGGAGGCACCUGGGAUUCCCAGCCCCACCUACCUCCUGCAGUAACAAACAGGAGGCCCGUGACAGGCUUGGCUUCCCGACUCCACUCCGGUCUGUCUGGGAGCAGCCAGGUCCCCUUGGCUGAUCCUGGGUCCCCUUCCUCCAUCAGUGGGAGGAAGCAGAGAUCCAGAGGAGGAUGCGGCCAGCAGGCCACACAGCUUGGUCCCUUGGUCAAUCAAGCUCAGGGAGCACUCAGAAGAGGUGACCUCCGAGGAGUGCGACCCCGUUGGACAGACCAUGUCAUCUGGGGCUGGCCCCGGGGCCGGCUGGGCCUCGCCCACCACCUGCUCACACGUGCUUCCACCACCCAGAGGACACUCAUUUACUAGUUUUUCUAAUAAAUCAGUAAUGCU